AUGGUUUUAGUGAAAGGCAUCACGUCGGGUUUUUUAACCCGCGAAACCUAUCUGAUAAUCGGCAGCGUGUUUACGAUUUCCAAUCUUUUGCUCGUGUUGAGUUUCUCGAAAACCACCAACAACGAUAAACUCAUCGAUUGGGAAUAUUUGGGAUUGAUUUUUAGACGGAUAAACCCGUAUUUAUGGUCCGCGAUUGGGAUAUCGUGCGCGAUUGGUUUAUCGGUCGUUGGCGCCGCGUGGGGGAUUUUCAUCACCGGUAGCUCGUUAGCUGGAGCAGCUAUUAAAGCGCCGCGAAUCACGAGCAAGAAUCUCAUCUCGAUUAUUUUCUGCGAAGCGGUGGCUAUUUACGGGGUGAUUGUGGCGAUUAUUUUACAAACGAAAGUGGAAUUUGCGCCGAGAAUGCCAGAUGGGUCGUAUUCGGAUCGAUCGAUGUUUUCAGGGUACGCGAUAUUAGCGUCUGGUAUAACCGUCGGGUUGGCGAAUCUGGUGUGCGGUAUUUGCGUAGGGACGGUCGGGAGUAGCUGCGCGUUGAGCGACGCGCAAAAUCCAGCUUUGUUUGUGAAGAUUUUAGUGAUUGAGAUUUUUGGAAGCGCGCUUGGCUUGUUUGGGGUGAUUGUCGGGAUUAUCAUUUCCGGGAACGUGGCGUUUAAGAAUCCAGCGGAUGCAUAG